GAUAAAGUAUAUCACACUAGUGUGCUAAGCCCGCAGAUUUAUUCGAGCCUCUAAUUAAAACGUUGACUUAAUUAAUUGAAUUAAUGUGAAAGGAGAGGGGAGAAAGAGCGUUGCGUUGAUUGAUGCGUUGAAAACGGAAAAAAAACCAAACGUUGCUAAAAAUUACAAAUACAAACAGUUUAGCGCGUGCUUUGCUUUGUAAAGUGGUUGUUGUUUAAUUAAUUUUCCUUUUUACUCAUUGCCCAUUAUAAUCUUGUGGUUUUCCUCGUCGCGUCCGUACUAUAACUAAUUGGUGAGAGAGUUUUGUGUUAAACGUGUGUUGUAAUUAAGUUUUACCAUGGCUACUUUGGACGAUAAAAUCUUGGGUGAGAAGCUGCACAAUUACUGCAGUAGCAGCGAAGAUGAAGGUUCCGACGACGAGGACAGCAGGAGCGGUGAUGAGGAAGGCAAUCCUCCGCCGAAAGCGGAAGCGCCCGAGCCGCCACCCAUCAACAGUUGGUCGGGGUCCGCGAGUAACACGGGCCCUAAAGGCGUCCUGGAGGAUUGGAGGCGCUUCAAACAGCUAGAAGCUGAGAAUCGGAAAGAACUUGAGAAAGAACGCAUCGCUUUGGCCAAGAAAUUGACAUUAACCGUAAAGCCGGAACGCGAAGAGAAACAGGAUAAGGAACUCGAAGUUCUCGAGGACGAGUUGAAUGAAUUAUUGGACGAAGAUUUUCUGCUAAAGUACCAAAAGCAACGGAUGCAAGAACUCAUGGCUCAAAUGAAGAAAACACCCAAAUUUGGUAAGGUCAUUACUCUAAAGAGUCAGGAUGAAUUUCUGAAUUCUAUUGACAAGGAGGACCCAAAAGUGGCAGUCAUCAUUCACAUCUUCAACAACAGUUCAAUUGCUUGCGGGACUAUGGAUGGGUGUCUUAACAUUUUGGCUGCAGAUUACCCGGAGAUCAAAUUCUGUCGCGUUUCUGUGGACAUCACAGGCCUGAGUCGCCAUUUCCGUAUUGAUGGUGUCCCUGCUCUGCUGGUGUACAAAGGUGGCCAAAUAAUUGGUAAUUUUGUGCAACUCGUCACAGAGUUGGGUAAUGAUUUCUUUGCUACCGAUGUUGAGCGUUUUCUUAUAGAAUAUGGAAUGCUUCCAGAGAAGUAGAUUAAUUAUAAAGUAUAGCUUUAAUUUGCAGUGUCAUGUGUUUUGAGAUAUCGGAGUGAAACCUCCUUGCUAUGUAUUUAUGAAGAUAGAAACUCUUCAUUUCACUCCCAGUGGACCAGACGUUAAUUUAUUCAUUUUUUGUCACUUGAUGCUUGAUAUGUGUCAGCCAACUAUGCCUUGUGAAUUUAUAGAGUAAUUAAUUAGGGACUUCAUAGUUUUAGACAUGCUAUGGAUAGUUUGCUAAGGCUGUAACUGUUUUUAUGAAUUUUUCUCUUUAGAUCUGCAAUAUUUUAUUCAAUUGGACCCAGUUUCCAUAUUAUGUUAUUUUACCUAUGAGAAUUGCAAUAUACAAGUAUAAACUUUAUUCUGAAAUGCCAAUGAGGUACCUAUUUGUGUCAACUAUUUAACAAUAGUUUGUGGUUGUUCUACUAUUAAUUAUAAACAGUUCAAGCCUGAAUUAAAUUUUGUACUCUAUUUCUAUAAUAAUUAGACUAAGAUAGCAUUAAUGUGACUAACUUAUUAUGUCGCAAAACAUCCAUGAGUGUACUUACAUUGUAUUAUGCAUUUGUUUACAUAAUUCUGGCAUAGUUUCCUGUUUUAUAACCAUAAUCAUGUUCUAGAGGUAUUAUUAAUGGGCUUCAAUAUAAUAUUUUUCAUGUUUUGUAAUGUUGGAUACAAUUGCAUUUAUUUUAAGGACAAUACAGACAUACUGAAACUUUGUAGUUCCAGUUAAUCUGUAUCUGCCCUUA